AUGUCCCUGGCCACCGUCACUCUGGCGCAGAACAAAGCGGCUGAAGUCAAGGCAACUCUGGCGCAGAACCAAGCCAAAAUCCGAAGUUGCCAACAGCAAGCCCGCCGACAGGCAAAGUCUUUGCUCCAGGGUGGCCUAUCUUGCGCUGCCGUGAGGCGAGUUCUUGCAGUAUAUGCUGUAUCAGAAUGGGAUUUGGGUUUGGCAGUGCAGGCAGCACAGCGGCUAUCCUCUUUGGCUACAUCUGAUGCAAGAUUUCCCACGUCAGAGUCUGUGCGGACACUCUUCACAGAGCAUGACCUGGACGAUUUGCUGCAGGUAUUUGAUGAUGGCCAUGCACUUUGGGUACCUGCGCGGAAGUUUGCUUCUCAAUGGGCUGUGCGGAGAGGGCGCCUGCGGGCAACUGAUGCUGUGGAUCCCGACCUUCUUCGCCAGAAGGUGGCAUCUUUCUGGAGAUCAGCUUCCUACUUGGCCAACAAAUUCUCCCACCAGGACAUUGUUUGGAUCAAUGUGGAUGAGACAUGCGUUACUUGCUCGCCGGCAUGUCCAACAGGAUGUGUGGUGGGUGCCCAUUGCUGGAAGACUCCCCCUGCCAAUGCUCAUAUGAGGGUGAAGAAAGACACAUCCAGGAAGACGUUCACUUAUGUGGCCAUGAUCGCUAGCCGUCCUUGUAUUCAAGCAGCCUUGCCCCAUUUCUUGGUUUGCAGUGAAAGCCGGAUGCCCAAGCUUGUUGCCAGAGCCUUCAAGGCAUUGCCGCCAUCCAGAUUGCAACUGCUUCGUGGUAAGUCUUCGUGGGUGACGGCCGAGACCUUUGUGACAAUUCUGACUGAAUUGCAAAAAGCCUUGCAACCUUGGCUCCCUGCUGUGAAGCCUAUCUUGCUUUUGGAUUGCGCCUGCCCCCACUUGCCGAAAAAAGUGCUGUCUUUUGCACAGAAGAAAGGGCUGCAGCUUCUCUUUGUGCCAUCCUGUGGCACUAGCUUGUUGCAACCCUUAGACAUUUUUGCUUUUGCAGCAUUCAAAAUUUAUCUACGGCGUAAAUACCAAGAGCACAGAAGAACAGCGCUGGAUGGUCACCCUGACCUGCUUGCUUGGGUUUGGCAGCUGGGCCAAGCAGGUCAAGAUUUUUUUGGAAAAAGGAAAUGGGCCCACGCCUUUGCAGGUGUCGGGUGCGGGGGAGAUGUUUCACAGCUACAUUCCUCACUGAAAAAUUUCAUGGGGAAUCCAGUGUCCUUUCCGCUUCCUGCCAAACCGACAGAUGCAGAACUUGCUCUCAUUUGGCCUAAAAGGCGCAAAAUGAGUUAUGCUGCUGCCUAUCUCUUCUGA